UCGCUUUCGGCCGGCUUCUUUGGCGCGGCCCUCACUCUGCUCCGGGGAAACGAGGGCGGAGCAGAGCGGGGCGGCGCUGCCCAUCUCAAGUCACGCGGCCGAUGGGCAUUGUAAACACCACCAGGUGACUCCGAAAGGCUCAGCCGCCGCCGGAGAUGAAGAGGCUGCAGCUGCUGCCGCCGCCGUGCUGCCGUUAUGGAAGAUAGUCUGGUUCGCGCCUUCGGGGGCCUCAGCCUCCAGCAGCCCCGCCGCUCCCAAGGCAGCCCCCACGCUCGCCGCUUCAGCAAAAGCCUCUAUUUGCUCCGCGGCCUGCCCGGCUCAGGCAAAAGUACUCUGGCCAGGCAACUGAAACGUGAAUUUCCUAAUGCAGUCAUUUUUAGUACUGACGAGUAUUUCAUCAUGGAAGAUGGCACCUAUGAGUUUAAUCCUGAUUGUUUGGGAGACGCACAUAAGUGGAACCAGGAAAGAGCACGUAAAGCUAUGAAGAAAGGGAAAUCCCCAGUUAUAAUUGAUAAUACCAACAUCCACGCUUGGGAAAUGAAGCCAUAUGCGAUAAUGGCACUUGAAAACAGAUAUGAAGUUAUAUUUCGGGAGCCAGAUACACGUUGGAAGUUCCAUGUUCGGGAAUUAGCUAGACGUAAUCAUCACGGUGUUUCAUUUGAGAAAAUACGAUGGAUGAAAGAUGAAUAUGAGCAUAAUGUUACCUUCCAUUCAGUGCUUCAUUCUGAAGAACCAGCCAGAUACCGCAAUUCUGGACGUUAUUUUUCCAACAACAGAAUGAAUAGAUCAUGAAAUUGAAGGAUUUUAAUGGGAAACCUAGUGGGAGAUUUUAGUGGGAUUUUAUAGAUUUUAUCAAUUUGUAUAUUGUUUUAGAUUCUUAGCAAUUUUCUAUUUUUCUAUUGAACUAAAGUAGGUCUUGAUGUUCCACAAUUCUUGCAGAUUUUAAAGAAAAUUAUAGAAGAAAUAAUUUAAACAUAAACCAUAAUCUCAUUGUUGCGUUUUCACAUUUUUAAUUUAUUCUUUUCUGCAACCAUUUUCAUACUAGGCUUUAUAUUCACAAAAAAUUACAGGGUGGCACCUAUUUAGGUCUACAUGUCAGCCAAAUACCUUGUUGACUGUUGGCAUUAAAAUUCUAACUAUGAUAUAUGAGAUAUCAUUUCCCAAAUCCUCAUAUAUUAAGAAGAGCAGUUCUGUGGUAGCAGUAGUCGUAAAUAUGUUUGUUUUGUCACUAAGACCAAAAAUAGGACUCCAAUCCAAUGGCAGAAACCUUUUCUAUUUGUGCCUUUACCAGUGUCUAAGUCUAUGUUCAGUGUAUUAGAAGCCUUGAGCUUUCAAAAGAACCAGAACCAAGCAUUUUAGGAAUGGGUGUGGGCGAAGCUUUUGAGCUGCAGGAUAAGUAAACCUGAAACUGCUCCCAAAACCAGUAUAGAUUUGUGAAAUCCUCAGAACUUGUACAGAUAAAUUGUAAUGGUGGUUAAGUAGUAUUUAACAUAAGAUCUUGUUUCUUAAGUCCUAUAGUUUCUAUGUUCUAGAUUCUAUGUUUUUAAAAUAUGUAGCCAUAGUAUGUGGCUUUUACUUUUCUGAUUUUUGAUUUUAAAAAAACCCCAAAAAACAUUGUAUAAAAAACUGAAAAACCUGUUCAGUGUAUUGUUCAAAGAGAUGAGGUGCUUCAUUAGAUACCUAUUUUUGAAAUCCUGGUUCUGAUGGAUUUUAUAUAUCUGGUAGUAAUUUGCUAACAUAAAAUAGUACAGAGCAAAAGCACAGCCUCAAUUUUUUAUUUUUACUCUACAAAAAUGGAAAUUUUGUAGAAUUGGGUUUUGUGAAACAAGCAAGAUGCAUCUCAACUUUCCUAUUAAGUAAUAAAUACUUAGAUGAGUCAGAAGCCAGCAUAAAGAACUAGAUACUGACUAAAACAAAAAUAUUGAAAUUACUACAGCUGCUAUUAAUAUUGAAAGAAUAAACUUUUCAGAAGAAAAAACGUAAAACUUUUUCACUUUGUAACAAAAACUGGAUUCUUUUUCUCUUGAUCUGGUUUCUAUUUAUUCUUUAAAAAUUAGCCAGAACAUUCUAUUUUUUAAAAAAAAAUGUUUAUUCUAUUUUAGGGAGACUAAUCUAACAACAGGUUCCAAUUUUAGGUACCCCGAGUCCAAUGAAAUUCGUGAAGUAUAUCAAACAAUUAAGAUAUAAUUAAAUAUGCCAGGAAUUCUUUAUCAUGGAUAUUAUAUAGAUUUAUUAUGAAAUUUUGGCUAUUUUAUCCAAACACAGAUAAUGAUCAUUUUAUUCAUAUUUAAAAACUGCUACUGGUUUAUAAAGAUAGAGUAGUGUUCAGGGACAUAUUUUUCAUUAUGAUUUAGAGAUCAUAUAAUAUAAUAUUGUAUCUUUUUGCAGAAUUUGUUUACUGGCAAUAAAUAAUUUAUAUUAAUUUCCCCAGUGUAAUAAGAUAUAGAUCAGGUGAUAUUCUCAAUUGUAAAUAUUAAAGGAUGAGGGAUCAUUUUCUUUGUUCUUUUUAGGGAAGAGGAUAAUUUGAUGCUACUUUAAUAUUCACAUUUGAUAAAACAAUACGUUCAUAUAAUUUUGGGCACUAGUCCCUUUGACAACCUCUGAUACAUAUAACACUGUUUAGAAUAGCCGUUUAUACAGCAUCUUUAGGAAAGAAAAACGAGAAAAAUCCUUUUGUGCAACCUUUUUAUGUAUUCUUCUGUUAAGCCAUUUGUUCAAAAGCUAACUUUGAUGUAAGAUGCAUUGAAUAUUUGAGAUAAAAAUUUGAAACUAAUAACUUCUGACCCAGAAAUGUACCUGUAGCUUACAUAUCAGGAAUUUGCAAGUUCUUACUGAAGUGUCUUAAAAUGUUUGUUUUGAGCUAAAACGUAUAAUAAACAAAUCUAAACAAA